CCUUGCUGGCGGAGGAGCUGAGAAGGUGAAGGACGUGCUGUAAGCAGGUUAUAAUACAUAAGAAAAAGCUACGGUGCGUUGCGAGCGGGGGACAGCGUUCGCCGCCGCGCUCUGCGGAGGCAUAAGUACGUCAUGUGAUCGCCCUUGUUUGUAGGCUUUUAGUUUAGUCCCCCCCCUUUUCCUUUACUUUGAUUUUCUUCGUCAUUAAGAGGCAAAGAAGGACUUAUAAUCAAACACCGUGUCACGAAGUGCUCCUGAAUUUUAAAUUGUGGAUUUGUUUUUAGCGGUCUCUGUGAAAGUGCUGAAAAAAAAAACUCAAGGAAGUCGUCUAGAUCACGGGCUUGCAAGCAAAGGGAGUUUGUAACGAAGAAAGGCGUAUUUUUGAAGGCUGAUUCAAGAAUACCGGGGUCACGGGACAGUCAGCACGUUUUUAUUCGUCGCUGUUUUUUUUUCACAGAUUACACACUGAAGGGAUUUUAUCAAGUUUCGGAGCGGUAUUGGGAACUCGCACUGUUCAGUUUCCUCUUAUAUCCCACGUAUGCCGAGAUGGAGUCAAGAUUUGCUUGUUAAGCUCUGGGACGCGAUGCACCCAUUCUCCGCAAUGCCAUAUGUGCGCCCAUAUACCACAGUAGAAGCCUCCGUAACGACAUCUCUCAGACGGAGACUCCCGGAGAUGAUCUGCACUGUCGUGCUCGGUGCCCAGGCCCCUUGAGUUGUUGUCAGACCGACCGAGCUUCUCCAGUCAAGAGUGCUCUGCUUUUGGCCACCCCAUAUCCCCUCAUCUUUAAGUGUCAUCAUGGCAAUUAAUAGAAAGACCGGUGGCGCUUCAGGCGAAGGUUGAGGGCUGUGGAAGUUGGGGUACCUGCAAGCCAACCCAAAAGCCGGGCUUCUCUGCCCGGGCGCUGAGAUCCGUUACAGGGCUGCGGCCACCUGGGCGGGACGGGGCCUGUCCUGCAACACCUUCACAGAGCCAUCAAUCACCGAUGCAUUCCACUCCAUGGAGGGAGACACUCGCCCUCGUGCUCACCAAAUUAGGCAGCGCGGUGACAGCCACUGACCCAAGCAAGUGUCUCAGAGGCAACCCCUGACAAUGGGAUUUCAGAACUACUGAAGACACUCUGACAAAAGACAAGGGAAGAGGGCAAACCGUGAGAACAAAAGGGAGCGGAUUGUGGGUUGAACCGCAGGGGCACUUCUCAAAAGAGGAUCAGUUCUUCUGGGCUCGCCGGGGGGGCGUGCAUGCUGCCCCCUCCACUGGACAUCCUCCUUUGUGCCAGCGCGAGAACACAAAAGCAAGUAUGCACAAUAAAGCAAGCAAACGCAGCGUGGCCGUACCACGGGCCAAGACUGCCAUGCUGCUCCUGCUGAUGGCGGUGCUGCUAGUCGGGACCCAAGCCUCCUGGCCACAGGGGCCCGUGGAUGUGCUGGGGGACCUCGGCCAGCUGGAAGCAUCCAUGCACUCAGCCGUGCUGUCUGACCUCCAAAAGGCAGAAGUUGCCGCGGCGGCCCCGCCCUCUGGCUUUCUGGACUCCUCAGCCGUGGUGGGGAGGGUGUUCCAGAUGCACGUUCCCACGAAGGCCAAGGACAGCAGAGCGGUAAAGAUUACAGAAUCGGGCAAAGAUACGCUACCAGUAUGGCUGCACUGGGACCCAGAAAGCAGCACCCUUCAAGGACUUCCAUUGGAGGUAGACAAGGGUGUCCACUACAUAUCUGUUACAAUUAGUAACGUAACUGGUGUGUCCCAGAUCCCUGAUGUAUUCUCCAUUGAGGUUCAUCCAGAAGAGCAUGCUGACACUGACCCCAUUCAAUUAGCAGUCCAGUCAACCGAUGGUGAUUCUCAGCCUUUUGUCUGUGGCAAUGAAGAGCCUGUUACUGUGCUCACUGUAAUUUUGGAUGCAGACCUCUACAAGAUGAGCUCCAAGCAGAGAGUGGAGCUUUUGGCCAAAAUGAAAAAAUUCUCAGGGGUUGGGCUCCAGCACAUGAAGAUUUUGCCUGUUGUCAACAAUCGCUUGUUUGAUAUGUCAGCUUUUAUGGCUGGACCAGGAAAUGCUAAAAAAGUUGUGGAAAAUGGUGCUCUUUUGUCCUGGAAACUGGGCUGUGCCCUAGAUCAAAGCAACAUUCCCAACAUCAGCAGUGUUCAAAUUCCAGCAAAGGAAGGGACAAUGUCGGCGCAGUUAGGAUUCCCAGUUGUUGGAUGGCACAUAGCUAACAAGAAACCUCAUGUGCCUAAAAGGGUGCGAAGGCAGCUUAACAAUACCCCUACACCUGUGCCCUCUCUGCUUCCUCCAUCAACAUACCCUGAGCCACCCAUCCGUAUUGUACCCACACCAACAUCUCCAUCAAUUGGUCCAACUUCUGACAGUUCUGCCCCACCUGUGUGGGGUCCAGUACCACUGCCUGUGAAACCCACUAUUCGUACCAGAGAUCCAACUGCCCACACUCCCACAAUAGGCCCACCUCAGCCCACAAGAGUUAUAGAUACUACCAGCACUAUUGCUAUCCAGCCCACCACAACCAGGCCAGUUUAUGUUGGUCCUUCUGUAACUCCAGCAACACCAACCACCAGGAAACCAACAAAGAAGCCCAAGAAACCCAAGACCACCCCACUGAUGAGGGAGCCUAAGUCCACCACACCCACACCUAUAAUACCCAAAAGUAGCACUCCGUCAGUUGUUCCACCUGAUGUCAAUGUGAAACCAGAGCUACGCAACCCAAUUGAUCAGGUAAAGGCAUACAUUGGCACAUACUUUGAGGUGAAGAUUCCAUCGGACACAUUCUUUGACAAAGAAGAUGGUACAACAGACAAGUUGAGGCUAACCUUGAGGAAGAAGAAUGAUCCUGUUGGGGAAGACUCCUGGAUUCAGUUUAAUAGCACUAGUCAGUUGCUUUAUGGAUUGCCAGAUUGGCCGCAUGAGGGUACACAUGAGUACUUCAUGCAAGCUACUGACAAAGGUGGUCUCUACACCACUGAUGCCCUUGAAGUUUGUGUCAGUCGCUUUGGAAAUAAUGUGAAGCCACCAGUCCUGUUUGCUGCUCGAUUCCAAGGUGAACCACGUUCAGUUACCAAUGAUAUCCACAAGAAGAUCCUUCUCAUCAAGAAACUGGCCUAUUCAUUUGGUGAUCGGAACUCUAGUUCAAUUACACUGAAAAACAUCAGUAAGGGAUCCAUUGUAGUUGAGUGGACGAACAACAGUCUCCAGCAGUUUCCCUGUCCCAAGGAGCAGAUUGAAGCAAUGAGUCAAAGGAUCUCUGAUGGUGAAGGCAGACCAUCACCAUUAUUUAACAAUGCCAUGGAGCCAGACUUCAGAGCCAUAAAUAUUACCAUCAAAGGUACAGGAAGCUGUCGCAACUAUAUGUUUGUUCCACUAGAUGACAUUCCCGACCCAUCUUCUCCUGCUGUUACUCCUGCUGUGGGAGCAGGACGACAGAGCACCGAUGAUGUUUAUCUUCACACAGUCAUACCAGCUGUGGUUGUUGCUGCAAUUCUAUUAAUUGCAGGCAUCAUUGCCAUGAUUUGUUAUCGUAAGAAGCGCAAGGGGAAGCUUACCAUUGAAGACCAGGCUACUUUCAUCAAGAAAGGAGUACCCAUAAUUUUCGCUGAUGAACUUGAUGACUCUAAGCCUCCUCCAUCAUCCAGUAUGCCCCUUAUCCUUCAAGAAGAAAAACCUCCUCUUCCCCCACCUGAAUAUCCCAAUAUGGCCAGUCCAGAGACAACCCCCCUAAACAGGGACCUUUUGGGAGAGUACACAGGCAUACAGGAUGAGGACCCUAAUGCCCCUCCUUACCAGCCUCCACCACCCUUCUCUGCUCCCAUGGAGGGUAAAGGGUCUCGCCCCAAGAACAUGACCCCAUACAGAUCCCCACCCCCAUAUGUGCCACCCUAAUGUUUGUUGAUCCCUCCGUAUGUGGAGGACAGGGAACUUGCGGUUCCAAAUCCAGUGUUGUCUCUUUGCAUUUUGGAUGUUGGAGGGGCACUGCAAUUGGGUACAUUGGGUUGCAAGAGUUGGGAUGAUCUUGUUAAAAACUGUACUUUUGGGGGGAGGUGGGAGGGUUUGGGUGGGGGGGAGGUGACCUAGGUAGUCUGCAAAGGACAGCAAGAACAACCUCAGCCUCUGACUACUCUGGCUACUGCUGAACAGUUGGGAGAUCCAUACUCCAGUCCUAGUGCUUUUGUGUCUAGAUGGGCUUUUUGUUGUUGUGUGUUUGUUUUUUUUUAACCCUUGUUUGUAAUUUUUUUUUUUUUUUUUUAACUGACUUCAAAAUCAAUUUACUUGCCUAACAGCAUUCUUUUUAUCUUCUGAACUUUUUUGUUUGUAUGCUUGGGGUUUUUUUUUGUUUGUUUGUUUGUUUUUUUGUUUUUUUUAAUAAUACAUAAAGAGAAGAAGUCAGCUGACUGCAGAUGCAAGUGCUUCAUAGAGACAUUCUAUGAAUAAGGAAAAAAACAUGACCUAGUAUGACUCAAAGAGCUGUGCAGUCAACCGGGCUGUUUUAAAAAAGGUUUGCCUUUUAACAUUAAUUAUACUGCUUUUAUCCUUAUUCACAUGUCUAGCAAAGAUGAGCAUAACAAAAGGUAGCCAAAAAGCUUGAGAGAUAGAAACUUUUUGUUUAAUCCACUGUAUAUUUGAUGGUUGUUCUGCUAGAAUUUUAUUUUAUUAUUGUUUUUGGGGGUUUUUUGGUCGUUGUUUUUUUUUGGGGGGGGGGGGGGGGGGGCGUGUCGGGUCAAAGUAACACUGAAAUAACAUGCAGAAAUCUCUGUCUGUGCCCCUAAAUAAUAGAAGAAGUUGUCAUACUAUGGUUAUGUUCUGGCUGAUUGUUUUAGAAUGUGUAGUCUGUCCCUAUGAAGAUUCAUGCCAGAUUUGGACAGAUAAUCACAGAUAUAAAGAUGUCUUAUUGUACUAUCUACUUGUGUUCUGUGUGUGGUUUUUUUUUUGUUUGUUUUUUUUUAAGGUUCAUGGCCAGGGCUACAGCAUUAUUCAGGUCUGAUAUGCCAUCACCGUUAUCUGUUUAUAUUGAGAACAUGUUAUCAUCUAAUUUAAAUGAGACAUGAUAUGAUGUAGCCCAAGCCUAUCCUUUCAAGAAAACACAGUAACAAAGCAUCUCAAAGUAGGCAUUCAGAACAAACCCCCCCCCCCCCCCCCCCCCCACCCCAUGGAGACUGUCUGCUCAGGUGAUCAUGGAUCACACCAAGGAGACAAUUAGCUCAAAUGAUUGAAAGAAUCACAGUCUAGUUUAACCAUUAAAAUCAUUUUUUUGUUGUUGUUUUUGUUUUCAAAUAAUGGAGUGUAUUCCUUGGAUUGACUUAAAAUAACUGAAAAUAAAGACUGAAUAUUUUGAUAACAAACCAUCUUCUAAACAAUGGCAUCCUUUAUUUAAUGUAAGGGUUAUACUAUAUUUGCAGUUGAAUGCUAUAUUCUUUGCCUGGGUGGUAAUGCAGCAAGUGUCUUCUGUAAAUAAUAAUAUGCCUGUGGAGUUCAUUGUAUUUAUAGUCCAGAAGUGUGUACAUCAGAUAUGGGAAAAAGACUCCUGCAGUUUGCUUUAGACAAGGGGUUAUUAUUUUUUUAUGUAGUGGUUCUCUUGAGCUUACAUUUAUUGGGGGGGUGGGGGUCGAAUUCUAAUGUGUAGUGAUAUUCACAACCCAGAAGUUACUCUCGCUUUCAGCUAAGAGUGAAAGAGGAUGGUAGAGAAAGUUUUGGUUUCAUUAACAAAAUCAUCACAAAAAGGGGGGGAAAAAGUGGUUGAUAAAAUCAGUCUAAUUUUUAUAAAGUUUUUGAUACAGCCUCAAAUUGUUUUAUUAAUAACAAUAAAUGAAUAGUGUUUUGCGAUUUGUAAAAGUUUAACAUUAGCGAUUCAUUCAUAGCACAUUUGUCCUCACAGGUCUCUUGGGUAACUUUUUUUAUUUUAUUUUAUUUUUUUUUUAAGUAAGUUAUUUCUUGGGGCUGCUAAUGGAGGGGGCGGGUUUAACAAAUCCUAAAAUGUAAAAAUAAAUCAUUGAACCUAUGUAAGCAUUGUUUCAUCAUGUGUUUUGUCAUGACUGUUUUUAUUUUAUUUUAGAUUAUUUUCUGCUUCAUACCUCUUGUUUGGUUCAGGGUUUCCUUUUAAAGUGACCCUUUGCAAUAAAGUAAGGUCUGGAAGAGUUAUGACAGAUGUGUUCAGAUGAGCAAUGUGUAAAGACUUUUUGGGGACUUUAUAAUGUACCCCAGUGAAGUCUUAGUAGAUGGCCCCUCAUUUGUGUGACCCAGUUAUUUUGAUGUGUGCGCUAUUUCAGAUCUGAAGAGUUAACAACACAUUAUAUGUAGCCUAGAUUUAUUUUUAUGAAUGUGCUUUUGUUGUAAUCAAUUUUCAAAUGCUUCCAUUUACCCUAAAAUUGCUUCAUAUGUUAAAAUACACUGAGAGUUGUUUUUGAUUCGUGUCUGUCAGCAGUUUGUGACAUUUUAAUAUUAAUUAGCUGGUUAAUGUGUCCUUCCUGCUAAGAUACACCGGUACGGCCUACAAAGCUACUGCAAUGGGAUGGAUUCUAUUAAGCACCUUUUUUGCUUUAAUCAAUAAAAUAUAUUUGGCAUAUUUGUUUCAGUUCAAUGUUUUUACUUUAAUACAUGCAGUCAUGAAAAAUUAUGUAUGUAUCUUGUAAGAAUUUGCCAUCUACCUCCUUGGGCAGCAAUGGUAAAAUACUCACUGGCUCAAGAGUUUAAGCGAAACAUUUAAGCAUUAAUCAGGAAUUAGAUGUACUGCUUUUUGAGAUUCAUAGUGUAGUGAUUUGUUUUCUUUUUGCCUAUAUGCAACCUUUUAAAAUGUUUUGUUUAAUACACAACACUACAUCAAUAGUGUGAUUUCACAGAUGAAUCUGAUAUACUCGAGCUCUCAGUCCACUCUAAAGAACAUAACCUGACUGGGUAAAUGCUUUUAGAUAUAAAACCAAAGAUGCAAAAUGUGAAAUGGCUGUCACUAGCUAACAUUUUGCCUUUACUUGCUACUCAAGAUGUCCUUUGGUUUUGAAUUAUUAUUAUUAUUAUUAUUAUUAUUAUUAUUAUUUUUAUUUAAUUUCUUACACUUUUGGUCUUUUCACUGUGUUAUAUACAGAUAGCACAAGCGGAAUAAAACUAACACAUAUGCUCAAUUUUUAAGCCUUGUUUACCGUAACAGAAACAUCUACGAUGUCAAAGGUAUUUAGAAUAAUGUACUCAAUUGUUGUCACCAUGCAGAAAGCAUAUGUUUGUAUGUUUUUCAGCACUCAUGACUGUGUAUGGCACAGCAUGUUUUAUCAGCUGACUACUGACAUCAUGUUUGUCUUUUAUUUUAUCCUAAAAUGGCCAGAAAGGAAUGGUAAUACAGUUAUGAUUACUGAUGACAGAGGUCCUAAUAAUAACACAAGGAUAAUGUUUUAAUCUGUAUAUGUGUUGUAUUCAGGGGGAAAGGCUAGUAUUACAUUUGUUUUCCCUGCUUCUCAUCUUACUUUUUGCCCCAGUUUUUUUUUGUUUGUUUGUUUGGGGUUUUUUUUUGUGUGUGUGUUUCACGCAGGACUCUACUGUAAGGCUCAUUUAGGCUUGCUCUACGAUGGGUUAACUUAAUUUUAACACCUGAGCUGCGUAGGAGGAUUGAUCGUGGUAACUAACUAAGCACCAGGGACAGUGGAGAACAAUGAUGAAGUAGAAAGCAGAAGCAGGGAAAUUGUUCACACUUUGUGAAGCUUGACAAUUACAGUUAAUUACUGCAUCUUACAAUCUAGA